AAUUUCCUCCUGUAUGUAGGCAAAUUCCCGCCUUGGCCCCGCGGCCCCCCAGUCCGGCUAUGGGCAGGGGGCGGCAUUGCCUGAGGGAAGUCCCUCAGUGGCCGGGGGUGGCAUCUCUCAUGGCACGGUGGCAUCGCCAUGACAACCGGGGAGAAGGACCGGAGCGUUUGUUUGGUCAAACGUCGAGCGGUUCGAGCGUCCCCCCCUUCACAACACAAGAUUCCAGGACGCUGGCCCAGACAAGUAAUAACAAGUCUAGCAGGUCUGCGAUCGCUGCCCGAAGAUGGCAAAGAAAACGAAAAAGGAAAAGGCAAAAGUAGCCGCCCAAAAGGCUGAACUGGCGAGGAUCGAGGCCGAAAAAGCCAAGAUACAAAUGGUGGUGGACGAGCGGGAGCGACUUCUGAAGGACCGCGUGAUGCUGGUAGACAAGGGCUGCCAGGAGGAUGUGCUGCACGAGGAGCGCUGCCGACAGCUUCAGGAGACCGCCGCGCUGCUCGCUGACAUCGAGGACGAGUUCGCCGCCAAGCUGAGGUCCGACCUCAGCAAACAGGAGUGGGAGCAGUUCAUGCGUUGCGACCGGCUGCCGGACCCAGCCUCACCCAGCCAGAUGAACACGUACCUGUACGUAUGGAGGGAGACGGAUCGCCUCAACAACAUCGACGAGGCCACCGUCAAGACAACGGAGGUGCUCAAGCUGCUGGACGCGUUGGGCGACCUGAUCGAGGUGCCGCCCCCGAACGUCACGAAGAAGAAAGUCGACUUGUGGAUAGAAAUGCGGGACUUGGUGCGCGCCGAGCAGCGGGCGCACCUGGACGCGGCCGCAUACCGCCUGCUGCGGCGCCUGGAGACGGACCUGGAGGCCGAGAGCCUGGAGGUCGUGCGCUACUUCCGCGCGUGCGAGCACUUCAGGCUAUGCCUCUGGGCGCAGCUCAUGCUGCCCGUCGCCUCCUUCAAGCCCGACGACGACACACGGCCAGCCAUCCAAUGCGAGUUCCCGCAGCUGGGCGUGAGCCUGCAGCUGCCCAAGUCCCUCAACGACGUGCCGCUGGCCAUCCGCGCCAUGAUCGUGCAGUACGACCACUACUCGGACCGGUGCCCCUCAUACCACUGCGCGCCGCUGCCGUCCUCCCAGGGGCUGGACAUGCUGAGCGCGGUGGAGGAGGAGUGCUCGAUGCAGGCGUCGCUGCGCGAGGAGAUCAGCGCCGAGCUGGAGCGCCGCCUGGCCGUGGUGGAGCGUCUCGUCAAGGAGGUGCAGGCGCGCCCCGCGCCCGGCACCGAGAGCAAGGACAAGCCGCCGCCGCCGCCCUCGCCGGAGCUGGACAACUACGAGACGGGCGAGCCCAUCAAGUCGCCCUCGCAGAUGAUGAACUUCAAGGACGGCGAGCGGGAGCGCGAGCUCCGGGAGGAGCUGCGCGUUCGCCUCGCCCCGCAUGAGGUGAACCUCCGCGAGAUAGCGGUCCUGGGGGGCACGCUGCACCUGGACCUGGUCAUGCAGCCGCCGCAGCCCCGGGACAUGCGCACCCGGCUCACGAUCACUGUGCUGGAGGGCGCCCACACGCUGCAGCCCGUGCCGUACCACCAGCCUUACCAGCCGCCCGCGCCACCCGAGCCCGGCCAGGUGCGCCUGCCGGAGGAGAUCGAGGCCGAGCUGAAGCAGUCCGAGAGGGAGCUGGAGGCCCUGGUGCUCAUCAACAUCCUCCUGCCGGAGACGGUGCUCUGGUUCGAGCCGCCCACCGUGGUCGGGUGGGACGAGGAGAACGGCUACUGGACCACCGAGGACUACCAUGAUAUCAAGUUCAACGAGGAGAAGCAGGUCGGUAACGCUGCCCGGCCAGCCCCGAUUACCCUACUUAUCCGACUGUACUUUCUGUAACGGCGCAUCGGUACACACACCCGACCGCUGCAAAUGCAAGCGAUAAGUGUUAUCGUACGUCGGGUGCACUCGUCACGGCAAAUACGUCACCAGCGAUUUAUUUUCGGGGCUCCUCUCCGUGACGCCAUGAACGCGUUUGUAACCACUAUUUCUGUCGACUUGCUUCUCAUGUUACCGGGUUCGACUUGUUUGGUGUUUUGGACAGCUCCGGAGGAGACGCACUCACGGCGGGGGGUGUUACCUUAUAGAUCGGUACCGCUACCGCACUCACCACAUAUAUUGAGCCGCUCAAACGAUAGUGAUCGUGAUACGGCCCCCUCCUCGCUCCCCGCGCCCCCGCGGGCCCCCGCGCGCCCCCGCGCCCGGCGCCCUGCCCUACCCGCAUCAUCUGUUCGGAGAUUACCCUCUGGCCCUAACGCCAAGGCUAUUCCUCGCUGAUAGCGGCCACAUUAUCCCAGCAGCGCCCCGGCGGCGGCGAGAGAGGGUGGGAGUGAGCGAGAAAGGGGGAAGGCC